AUGUUCAGGUCCAGGUCUAUAAAAAUGUCCAUAUCUGCAAAAGAAUACACGGUCUUGACCUGGAUGGUCAGUAUUAACCAUGGUCCUAGUGGCAUCAACAAAGUUACUGGCUGUGGAGGUGCAGGUGACGGUAACAAUGCUGGCUGUGGUAGUAGUGACGGCAACAAUGCUAGCUGUGGUAGUAGUGACGGCAACAAUGCUGGCUGUGGUAGUAGUGACGGCAACAAUGCUGGCAGUGGUGGUGGUGAUGGCCAAAUUUCUAAUUGUGUUGGUGAUAGUGGCAGCAGUGAAGGUGCUGGUAGCGGUUGA